AUGGCUUACAACGGCGCCGGACGAGAGGCUGUCACAAAUAUGUGGAUUUUGACAGCUGUGACGUUGAUCUUCGUUGCUCUCCGCAUUUACACCCGAGUUUGGGUAGUGCGUUCUUUCGGAGUUGAUGAUCACGUGUACAAUAUUGCUUUCCUACUUCUAGUUUGCUAUGUAUCUUUCACCACAGUUUCUGCACAUUACGGAUUUGGUCAGACCGUAUCUGACAUACCCACCGCCGAUGAUGUGGUAUCGGCCAUACUGUUCGAGGCUAUCGGCCAAACCUUUGCCGUCAUUGGCAUGGCCGUGGCGAAAUGGUCUCUAGGACUAUUUCUGCUCAGGCUUGUUAACCAAUCAUGGCACAAAGCUGUGAUAUGGACAGCAAUGCUUCUUCUCAUGGGGGCGUCGAUCUCUACAUGCUUCGUGUUCUGGUUGCAAUGCACACCGCCUGCCUACCUUUUCGAUCGAAGGAUCCCUGAUGGGUACUGCCAUGUCGAUUCUACGCCGGUUUCGAUGCUGUUAUGCAUCCUUUGUGUACUGGUUGACUUCUUUUUCGCCCUAUUUCCAUGGCUAUUCAUCUGGAAGCUUCAAAUGAACAGAAGAGAAAAGAUGGUUAUUCUCCUCAGCAUGAGUCUGGGCGUGAUUGCUGGUGCCUGUGGAAUUAAGAGGACGCUCGAAGUCCCAGAGCUAGCGAGCGCGGAUUACCUCAGAGAUACCGUCGGUUUGAUUGUUUGGUCAGCAGCCGAAAUCGCCGUUACGAUGAUCUGCAUCGGAAUUCCCGUCUGCCGCCCGCUAUACAAAACCUUUCUAGAUCGACUGAACUCGAGUAUCGGUAGUGGAUAUUUCAAGGGCAGCUCGGCGGCUGCUGCACCGUUGGCGUUGCACACAUUCGGCGGAACGACGAUGAGAAAUAACUACGUCAAAGCGGACGAUUUCGAAGCGCCACAAAAAGAUCCUUACAGCUUAAACAGCUACGCCGGACAGAGUACAGGCAUAACGAAACCCUCUGCGAAAUGUUGCGCUGUCGCUACAGCCAACGUGCCUCCUCACAACACAAGCGAAGAAGAGAUCCUGGGGGGUAGCUCAUGCUGGGAAGUCGGCAGUGAACGACGUAGCAAUCAAAUUCGAAUUACGGAGGAGUAUCAGGUCACCAGUAAGCGUCUAGGCUGA